AUGGAUGUAGAAAAAUUGAAAAAGAAACGAGCUGUUCUGAGGAGCAAUGCAACGAAGCUGAUGAAUAAAAUGUUAGAUACAGAAGUACCUGUGGUGGAAUUAAAAGCGAAACUUAAUAUGUUGAAUGAUUUGGAACCCGAGAUCAACAUUCUCAAUGAAAGAAUCCUGGAUAUGAUGUUAGACGAUUUGGAUAACGAAAAGGAAUGCGAGGAUGAAAAUUAUCGUUGUCACAUCAUAACAGAAGAAGUACAUAAGUGUCGUAUUAUAAUAGAACAAAAAAUAUCGAUAUGUUCACUACAAACACAACGUAUAAGCAAUGAAGAUGGUCAUAGUGGUACUGUAAAGAGUGAUGGAUCUGGAAAGAUCAAUAAUUUUAAGUUGCCUAGAUUGACAUUAGAAAAAUUUGAUUUGGCACCAGGUAACUUUUUAUCGUUUUGGUCACAAUUUGAGAGAAUACACAGCAGUGAAGAUCUUGAUAAAACUACUAAAUUUAUGUAUUUACGCAUGAGUUUACUAGGGUCAGCUAAGAUACUGAUGGACACAUAUCCUAACACUGCCGCAAACUAUGAUAAAGCUGUAGAUCAUUUAAAGAAUAGAUAUGGAAGAGAUGAAUUAAUUGUUCAUGCUAUAUAUAAAGAAUUGCUCGCUUUAGUCCGGAGCAGACCAUCAUUAUCAAAGUUAAAUGAUGUCAUAUCAGCGAAAAUUAGGAGUCUUGAGUCCUUCGGUUUCAAUAGUGAGAGAACCGCAUUAUUAGUUCCUUUAAUCGAAGAAUGUCUGCCGGAGGAAACGCUGAUACUAUGGGAAAGACGUGAGUCAAAAUCAAAUGAAAAUAAAUUAGACGAAUUGAUGAAGUUCCUGAGUAAAGAAGCAGAAACCUAUGAAAGAAUACAAAACUGUAAGGUCGAGUCUUCACCGUCGAAGAGUACUGCUGCUGCGUUAGUCGCUGUACCUCAACAAAAAUCAAAAUCUGAACAAUCUCGACCUGUUACAUGUGUGUUUUGUUCAGAAUCUCAUUUUAGUCAGAAUUGCAAGAAAGGAUUGUCUAUUGAGGAGAAGCAGAAAAUUGUGAGUAACCAAAAACUUUGUUUUGCUUGCUUGCGUCCCGGGCACUGUCGGUUUCAGUGUCGUAAGUAUGUUAAAUGUUCUAAAUGUAAUCAAAAACAUUACGAUAUUAUGUGUGUUCCACGUACUCCUACAACUGCGGUUAAGGAGACACCCACUUUAGUGGCUUGUGCUGACAAGCCAAUGGUUAUAAUGCAAACUCUCGUUUGCUACGUACACACAGGUCAACUUAUUCGCGUAUUGUUAGAUUCUGCAUCCCAUAGGAGCUAUAUAACCAAACGUUUAGUGCAAAUAAUUAAGCCAAAUUUAAUAGGACAAGACACUUUCAAACACAUGUUAUUCGGAGGACAAAUAUCCUCAGAGAUAGCGCACAAUCUUUAUGAAAUUGAACUUAUAAGUUUAGGUGGUAAUAAGAGGUUUAAAAUGAAGGUCCUUGAUCAAGAACAGAUUUGUGGAACAAUUGACACUGUCAAUUGUGAAAUGAUUGAGGAAAUAAACCAGCUAGGCAUAAUUCUAGCUGAAGAUGGAGUAAAUCGACCCGUUGACAUACUAAUUGGAGCAGACACAAUUGGAAGUUUCAUCACAGGAAUGAAACUUAUUAACGAAACAUUAAUUGCAUAUGAAACCGUAUUGGGAUGGUGUCUUUUAGGUACGUCAUCGAUGUCCACAACGACGAUGACAAACUUUAUAUGUUCGCUGGUUUCACACCCUGAGUCUUUAUGGGAUUUAGAUGCAUUGGGUAUUGAAAAGCCUAAUGUGACACAUGACAGUAAUGAAUUAGCGAUCUACUCAUUCGAACAAAAUAUAGAAUUUAUCGAAAAUAGGUAUUAUGUAGCCAUUCCAUGGUCCGAAGGUCAUCCUACAUUACCUACUAAUAAAGGUUUAGCUGAGACUCGAUUGAAUUCUGUUUUGAAACGAUUGGUAAAAAAUAACUUGUAUGAUUUGUAUGACAAUGUAUUCAAUCAGUGGCAAGAAGAUGGAAUUAUAGAAAAGGUAAAUAAUAAUAAGGAUAUUGGACAUUUCUUGUCACACCGCCCUGUCGUGAAAGAGGGAAAAACAACAAAGAUUAGACCGGUGUUUGACGCAUCAGCAAAAUGUAUAAACGGUGUUUCACUUAAUGAAUGCAUUGAAACGGGACCCAAUUUAAUAAGUGAAUUGAUGCCUCUUCUACUCCGAUUCCGACUAUAUGAAAUUGGGGUGAUAGGUGAUAUUAAACAAGCAUUCUUAAUGAUUGGACUUGGGAAUGAGUCUGACAAAGAAAUGUUGAAAUUUUUUUGGUACCGUAAUGGAGAAAUUAUUACAUUUAGACACUGUCGAGUCGUCUUUGGUCUCGUGGGCGCGGCUCACUUUCCCAAAUCGCGAAACUUGUGUGACUAUGAACGGCAACUCUAA